AUGCGCAUCUUUAGUCAGGGGCGCGGGGCGGGGCGGCCGCAGCGCAACCUCCACCGCCCGAGCUGCGUCGCGCCCUUCCAGGCUUGCUACCAGGACGCGACCCACAUCACCGCCGAGGAAGCGGCGGGACACGUCGUCCACCUCGCCAUCAGCCGCGACGUCGACGGCGCCGGCCCCGAAUCGCGCUACUUCCACCUCAGCGCCCCGUGCCGCUCAGACCCGCUCACGUACGACCGCGACGUGCGCGACGCCUUUUGGAAGCUGACCCUAAAGGCACUCGACGGCUGGAUGGACAAGAAUGCCAAGGCGUGCGCAGCGGUUCUCCAGGAGCUGUACGAUCGCCCGUAA